CAGCACUCCAGCGGCCCACACGUCCACCAUGUCGGCCCUCUUCUCGUCUGCCCGCACCGCCGCCCGCGUCGCCCCGAGCACCCGUGCUUUCUCCAGCACGCCUGCCCCCCAGGCCACCCUCCGCGAAAUCGAGGGCCGCAUCAAGUCGGUCGGCAACAUUGGCAAGAUCACCAAGUCGAUGAAGAUGGUUGCCGCCUCGCGUCUCGCUCGCGCCCAGCGCAUGAUGAACGAGGCCAAGGCCUACGGUGCCGCCAACAACGCCGUCUUUGAGCAGUCGGACGCGGCCAAGACCGAGGCCAAGGUCGAGAAGAUCCUCUACAUCGUCGCCUCGUCCGACCGUGGCCUGUGCGGCGGCAUCCACUCGUCGGUCGCCAAGGCGGCCCGCAAGGACAUCCUCUCGGGCGAGGGCGCCGGCAAGGAGAUCCGCGUUGUCGCGCUCGGCGAGAAGCCCAAGCAGCAGAUGUCGCGCGGCGACGGCGCCAAGGACAUCGAAAUGUCGUUCUCGCAGAUUGGCAAGUCGGUCCCGACCUUCAACGACGCCCUCGCCAUCGCCGACAAGAUCGAGGCCGAGAACUUUGAGUUUGACAAGGUCAAGGUCAUCUACAACAAGUUCCUGUCCGUCAUCUCGUACGAGGCCGUGUCGCUCGACAUUUACUCGAUGAAGGCGCUCCAGGGCUCGCCCGCGUUCGCCGCGUACGAGGUCGAGGGCGACGAGCUCGCGGGCGACCUGUCGUCGUUCGCGCUCGCCAACGCCAUCUAUGCCGGCCUCGUCGAGGGCUUUGCCGCCGAGAUCUCGGCCCGCCGCAACGCCAUGGAGAACGCGUCCAAGAACGCCGACGAGAUGUCGGCCAAGUACCAGAUGCAGUUCAACCGCAUGCGCCAGGCCGCCAUCACCAACGAGCUCGUCGACAUCAUCACCGGUGCCUCGGCGCUCUAAGCGUCUCGUGCCGUCGUCGCUGGGUAUAGAUCUGUAGUCUGUCGAGGAGCGAGGGAGGAGGGGCCGGGCGAAGAGGUCCGAUGGAGGAAGGGGAGGGGAGAUCGCGAAAAGCUGGCAGUUCCUUUCGAGCGUGCAUCUUGCGUGCAUCU